AUGGAGGAUUUCUAUUAUCAUGACGAUGAGGACUCCAGCUUAAAUGACAGUUAUGACUACAAUUACGAACACUCUGUCUGUGACAAAGAGACAGUGCGCUCUUUUGCCGGUGUCUUCCUCCCGGUCAUCUAUGCACUGGCUCUGGUGGUGGGCCUGGCAGGGAAUGCUCUGGUGGUGGUGGUCUAUGCAUCACGCCCGCGACUACGAACUCUGACAGAUGUGUGCAUCCUUAACCUCGCAAUUUCGGACCUGUUGCUUCUUCUCACCCUGCCUUUCUGGGCAGCUGAUGCAGUCCAUGGCUGGAAGUUGGGUUCGGCAGCCUGCAAGAUCACCUCCUUCCUCUACAGCACCAACUUCAGCUGUGGCAUGCUGCUGCUGGCAUGUAUCAGUGUGGAUCGCUACCAAGCUGUAGCCCAAAAUGCAACAGGCAGGACAGGGACGCGCACCCGCACGAGGAAACAGUGGCUCCUGGUGUGUGUGGUGUUGUGGGCUGUAGCCGGUUUUCUUGGACUUCCUGAGCUUGUCUUUUCCACAGUGAAGCAUUCCCACCACCGGAUGGCCUGUGUAGCUGUUUACCCACCCAGCAUGGCCCGACCUGCAAAGGCUGCCUUGGAGCUGCUGGAGGUAACCCUCAGAUUCCUGCUGCCUUUCUUAGUCAUGGUGGUGUGCUACUGCUUCGUGGGGCGGGCGCUCAGCCAGGCAGCUGGGGUGCGAAGAGAACGGAAGUGGCGCGCCCUGCGGGUUCUCCUGGCUGUGGUGGCCGUAUUCCUGCUCACUCAGCUGCCCUACAACGUGGUCAAGCUGUGCAGAGCAAUGGACAUCAUCUACAUUCUUGUGACCAACUGCGACGUCAGCAAGAGCCUUGAUCACGCUCUCCAAGUGACAGAGAGCCUGGCACUGACUCACGCCUGCAUUAACCCUGUCCUCUAUGCAUUCAUUGGUUCCUCCUUCAGGGGACACGUCCUCAAGGCUGCCAAGCGUCUUGGACAGCGUCUUGGGAGACACUCGACACAUGUCAACGAAGAGCCGGCGGUGGAGAUUGCACUCAACACGCGCAAUCAAACGCAAUCACAGUCUGAUUCAGAAGAUCAAGACACCAGCACCUUUUCUAUUUAAGACUCAA